CCCUCCGUAGGCUUUAUGUCAAUCAGGAGAAGCGUUACAAUUUUCCUUCUUUUUUUUUUCCUAAUCCCCUCCUGUCGAUCUCUUUCGAAAAUAAAAAAAUGUAGAUUGGAAAAAAUUCUACACGCGCUGUACACAUUUUUCUAUCGUUCGUCUACGUUCUACGAUUUAACACCCAGCACGGACACCAUGAAGGAGACUUUGGUCAAGCAGGAGAUUAAGGUCGAGUGGGACAGCCAUCCUCCGGAAAACAACUCUCCCCAGGUUCCGCAGACUGCCGAGGAACAAGCUUGCGGAAGUCCUCAGAGCGUGAUCACCACGAGGAGACACGUAAGGACCAUCACCACGGCUGGACAGAUCACAGAGAGCCUUGCCGAGCCUGAACCAGAGUCUCCCGAACCAAGUCCGGUUGCUGCGAACAUUCAACAGGUUAUACAGCAACAGCAGCAUGUAGUACAUGAACAAGAACAGCAUUACGUACAGAUUUCUCAUGGCGGAAGUCCCAGGGAACAGCAACGUGCAGCGGAUCAGCAACACGUAGUUUAUUCCAACGGCCAGGACAGACAAGUUGAAACAUCCGAAGCUGCGGAAGCGACAAUUACGCUACCUGCCAAGGAACCACCUAGGUACGAGACUCUGGCACCAGAAAGAGCGGAAGUGGAGCGUGUCUACGUCUACGCCGAGGACCCGGAAGUCCGUAGAGACAGUCAUCCCAUAAACAUCCAAGUGCAGGAUCAUCGGCGUCCUCAGCAGACCCAACCUCACCAAAGAUUUAGCCCGCACGAGAACAAUCAUACACCCAGGUUCCGGGGUUCGCCAACUGGUCAUGCCGAUGAGUACGAAGCUUCCCCCAUGGUAUCCCAAGCCGGUACCGUCCAACUGAGUUCCCCGGCACCGCCAUAUUCACCGCCUGUAGACGGUAUAAGGGCGACCCAGCAACAGCUUGUUGCUGCUGGUUACUCCGACGGUGGAGGUGGCUCUGUUAAGUAUGAUGCGGAAGCUGCUGCUGCUGCUGAAACUAUAAAGGGUUCCAGUACAUAUACCACCUUGGAAACGGUCGCGCUACCACCGUCUCAACCAGUUCAGUACACUCAGUAUAUAUCAGCUGCCGAUACCUUUCAGCAAACAGCAACCAGUUACAGUUAUACAAAAUCUGGCGAUUUGUACUUGACUUAUCCAACGAGCAGUCAACCGGGUUCCAGAGGAUCUGAGGUCGACUCCCCCGGUAGUGUUUAUAUAAAAAGCGAUCCCACCCUGACUUCAUCGUCACUCCUAGGGGGCGGCAGACCAGGAUCCAUUCACUACGAACAACCAGCAUCACCAGGAUCUCAAGUGACCCUCUACGGCAGUGGUACAACCAUGUACCAAUGUGUUAAACCCACCGGUGAUCAAUAUUGGCCAACUGGCGCCCAAUCCCCACCCCCAUCCCUGGACUACGUUCAAGGCUACUCUGGGGUAACAGCAAUUUCAGCCAGCGACGCAGCGAACUUGCAGCUUUACUCCGGGGGUACAUACAGUAUCACAGGGGGUGGAAACGGACCACCCUCUCCUUGGGCUACCUUGCCGCCAUCCGGUGGAGACGAGGGAUUCGAAGGGCCAAUCAUAACGAACGAACUCAAGGAAUGCGUCAACUGCGCUGCCAACAUGACACCCUUGUGGAGAAGGGAUGGUACAGGACAUUAUUUAUGCAACGCCUGCGGUCUCUACAGUAAGAUGAACGGAGUGAACAGGCCGCCCAUGAGAUGCGCCAAACCCAAACAGUCUGUCGCACCGACCGGCGGCAGAAGGACGGGCGUGCAGUGUGCCAAUUGCAGAACUAGCAACACUACGCUGUGGCGAAGAAAUAACAAUGGAGAACCAGUAUGCAACGCUUGCGGUCUUUACUUCAAGCUACACAACGUGAACAGACCGCUGAGCAUGAAGAAGGACGGAAUCCAGACGAGAAAGCGAAAACCAAAGAAUCACUCGGUGAUGAGCGGCGGAAGUCUAGCCGGACCAAGUGGGAUGCACAAGACCGAGAUUAAGUCCAGCUUACUCGUGGACCCGAAGCUGCAGCUGAAUAUGUUUACCAGCGGUGGUGGUAAUGGGAGUGGUGAUGAACAUUAUCUUCAUGUGGGAACGCUCGCUACGGCGCAAUUGGCGCAUGCGCACUCACCCCUUGCGUUACCAUCGGCCGCGGUGUUGAAUCGACAAACUACCCUAACCGUGCCCCCAUUAGAACCAAUGAAUAGUCGAUCGGGCACAGAUCCUACCUCGGUCAUCACUUCGACGACAGCCGCACGUACCGAUCGGUCUUAAUGGUUAUUUUUUUUAAAUAUACCGAUAGAUUCCUACCUUAGUGGCCGCGCUCUACAUUACCGACGCACGGUAUCGUAAAUCCCUAGAGAAUAACGUCGCUGAACACGAUCGCCAUCUGUUCGAGUCAGUACUAAAAAUAGAGAAUCACUUUUAUGAUUCUCCGACUAUGUAUUGACUGAAGAAAAGUGACUAGAUUUGACGUGUUUAACGCAAUUCCCACUGUAGACAAUUCAUAGUUUCUUAUAUGUAGAAAAAAAUUUUUUUAUUGAAAAAAAAAUAAUCGUCUUUAUCCACCCGAGACAUUUUCACGUGCAGCUACUUGUAAAUAGCUUUUAUACGGCGCACCCAAAGAAUUUAUGUAUACGAAUUUACCCCAAAGAGUAAUAUAUAUAUACACACAUACAUAAACGUAGAUAUGUAAUCAUGUAAGUACAGAGAAUUAGUAUAUAAGAGUCAGUAUAGAAGAAAAAAUCUAUGGGGAUUAUACGCGAAGAUUAACUGUACGUUAUUAAUUUCAUUUCUACUCUCUUCUUUUCUCUUUUUCUUACAAUCACGUGUAAAGACACGCCUGUCACGUCCUUUAUUGUAUUGCCAAGAAAACGGCCGUGUAUUUUAAUUUAUAGAGCAACGAUAACGUACCGAUCACGUUUUUAUUUCCGCGCGCGAUCCACAAUGGAAACAGCCCAUACGUUCUUCUGGGACAGGGCUCUUUGUCAAAGAAGAAAUAACCUGUCACCAGCAGCGCAAGAUGCAUGCACUUGACGCUGUAACAUAAAGCUGCGUACACAAGGUUCUCUUUGGAAUAAUAGUAGAAAGAUACGUCGCUUGGCGUCUUUGAUCGUCGCGACGGUCGGCAGUAGCGCUUUGUACGUUGCUUUACAACGUAAAUCGUUAAUCGUCAAAUAGCAUAUCUGUAACGUCGUCGCGCGACGCUUUUACAAAAGCAGCCUUUACACGCCGACGGAGUCCGAUAUUAUAAGAUAUCAAUAGAGAAAAAGCAUACUAUUAAUUUAUAUAAAUCAAUUUCAUUGUAACAGGAGUGCGGGACUUGAUUGUUUUGUAGGUUUUUGUUUUUGUGUUCCUUGUAUGAAACAAUCAGAGACUAGCGUACUUAUACCUAUGUGUAUUAGAGUUAAUUGGUCUAACUGGCUGAUCAAGUAUGUUUAAGAAUUGAAAAGAAAAAUAAUAAUAGCGGUCCGGCUUAUGGAUGCGAAAUUGGUAUGCAUGAGUGCGAAAGAAGAACAAAUGAAAACGAAGCUUAAUGCUUCUGAGAGAAAUAGCUUCUUUUUUUUUUUUUAUAAAUGUACUUACACAAGUGUCACUGUCUAGAUUUCCACUUUACAGAGUUUAAACAGGCUUAAUCGAUCAUGUGCAACAUUUGAAAAGAAUACACCAACGUGAUUCGUUGAUGCCACUUAAAUCCUGAAAUAUGGAAACGUAGUAAUUGAUACGUGAUUUUAGAAAUUGGCUCAAUUCUGUAAAAUCUGAGUACUUAAAACGUUUUCACGUUUAAUUAAAAAAAAAAGGCCCGGUAACUUAUUUUCAAAAUAUGGUAAUGUACUUCAGAGCGCUUUUACACCGACGUACAGUUUGUUACUCCCGGAUCCAUAAGUGUAUAUAUAUAUAUAUAUAUAUAUAUGCACAUGGAUGUGUAUCCGAGGGAUAAUUUAUACGUCCCAUUUGUAUGCAUCAAGUGCACGAACGAUAUCUAUGUAACGAAGGUAGAAUAAAAUCGUUUUACCCUACAUUAGCGAGA